UCAACACACGCAAGGUUGCACGGGAAAAUCGUUGUGAAACAUAAAUACUUUGAGUGACGUUCGCCUAGGUACAUUUCGUAAUUUAUUGCAGGAGUGUCUGGAGUAAGCCGUCAGCUGAUAGUAAAAGCUCCGUUUCGUUCUGUUUAACACAGUAUGGCGAAGAUACAAGGUAUUAGCGUAACGAUCCUUUCUUAAAUUAAAUUAAUAGAUUUUUGAGCUGCUAUAGCAAUUUAUUUUAUGGUCUAACAAUUCUCGUUUCGAUGGCGUUUCUGUGAGUAUGAAAACUAUGUGAGCUUAUAUGUCAUCGCAUUGUUCCUAAGUCGAACAGGGAGAAUUACAAAUCGGUUUCAUUUCUUGUCCUUCCAGCUGGUCCAGUGGUCGAAAUGAAAGGAGACGAGAUGACGCGGUAUGUAGAUAUUAAUUUCAAGGGAUUGAAGGACAAAGUUCACUUAAAAUUGCAGUUGUCUUCGAAUAACAUCAUACUUGCAAGGGUCAAAUUUAAAAGAAAUGUACAUUUAAAUGUGCUGUGACUUUUUAGCUAAGAUCUGUAGGAUUUUUUUUCACAGAAAUUGUCAUUCAUCAGACGAUGAAUUAAAAAUAUUGGACUGAAAUUGCCGAUUUUGUACAUAUUACAUGCUGAUUUAACUCGCGUGGACGAACCAACUGUGUGUGACAAUGGCUGGGAGUGUCAGUUUUCGCUGACUAAGUUUGAAAUUUGUUUCGUGACAAGAUUGUGUAGGCCAUGCCCUGACGAGACGUUUAUUUCACCAUCUCAUUUGGUAGUGAAAACAUACCUUGAUUUUUUUAUUUAUGUGCCAUAUUGCUUUUUAAAGUUAGUUUAUUUUUCGGUGUACACCGUUAAAAAUUUGUUUAUAAAUACGUCCGAAGAUAGAUUAAAGUUACUGCCAAACGAAUAUAUCAUUUAAGCCGAGACAAAAAUUUCCAACCCGGAAUAUUAAUAACGGAGGAAAUCGCUGAUGCAACUAUGCAUUGGAAAUUCCUCUAUGGUUUGAUCUUCAGAUACUGAGCUCAGUAGCUGUAAUUAUAGCGAGACUGAACCAAUUGCUGUAACAAUUUAUUGUUAUUUAUAUAUUGGACAUGUUAAUUUUAGAUCCCUUGAGAGGUUUUAUUGUUUGGCUUAGAAGUGCAAUAUUAAAAAUAUCCUAAUAGUGGGAAGAGUGGUGUUUAAAUUACUACCCAUCUACCACAAUUUUGUGGUAGAUGGAAGAGUAGUGUAUAAAUUACUACCCAUCUACCACAAUUUUGUGGUAGAUGGGUAGUUGUAAUUUGAAAGACAUGGUAACCUCAUGAUUUUCACAUGGGCUUGAGAGUGAAAGAUCUGCAAGGGUUUCAGGUCUUGGUUUCAAUAACUUUAAAUUUUUAAUAACCAGCCAGCAAUGUUAUAGUAGGGGGCUGUGCCUGAAAAGGGGUAGUGAGGCAAAACCCAGACACUAGUGCCUAUGCUUGCAGGUCAAAAAGAUGGCUGUCAGAGGACUCACAUGCAGCUGCUAGUAACUGUUUUUUUUAAACCCUAAUGGUUGAUGUUUGCAUGGAAUCAUUUUGUUGCAUUUGUGGGCAGAAUACUCUACUCUUGCGGUUCUUAUUCCCAAUGUGACCUCAGUUAUGCAAAGGUUAGAUAGCCCUAUCCACUGGAUAGAGAUUGAUCCCUUGGAUAGUGUUAUACAGCCCUUGAAAACAAGGUCAGGAAUAUGUCAUGCUUUUGAGAUGUGAGAUGUUCUCAUAUUCUAACUAACUAUUUGCAUGUCAAAGAAUUUCCCAAUCUAAUUAUGUACAUGAAAAAAUUAUAGCUGAAAAUAAGUGCAUUCUCAUGUAACAUGAGUGCAAAGUUAGUUAUAACACAAGAGCAAAGUUGUAACACAAAUGCAAUUUACAAACAAUGCACACACACUUUCAAAAAUUUGUUUGUCUUGACUUUCUGUGAUGUUUUUUCAUCUGACAUUUUGGUGCGUGAAGAACUUCUAAAUUGUUCAAAAACUUCAAAUUGCACUUGUCCUAUGGGCUCAUUUAAUUUUGUUGUCUUGGAAAAAUUUACUUGUGCCUAUAUAGUAACUGCAAAUUGCACUUGAAAUCAUGUGAUUGCUUAUAUAAAUACCACCUGACUUUAUUUUCCCUUUUCUUUAAGGAUUAUUUGGGAACUCAUUAAAGAUAAACUAAUAUUUCCAUAUGUGGAGUUAGAUGUGAAGUCUUAUGACCUUUCCAUUGAGAACAGGGAUGAAACAGAUGACAAAGGUAUAUUAUUUCAUUUUAUUGAAGUUUACACUUCUUAAUCUAUCAGAACAUGCAUAUGUUUUAGCUUAAAGUUUUUCUCAUGUCAAAAUAUCUUGGACUAGCCAAAUUUUUGGUGUCCUUUGUUUUAAAUACCAAAUUAUUCAAAAUUUUGGAUUAAAAAAGAAACAAAAAUUUGAGUCACAGCAAAAAUUUGUUAUAGGGUUUUUAUGAACCCAUCAGCUCCUAGAAAUAAUGGACAUUUUGAAUCAUGCAUUAUUCACAAACAGGGAAUGGUUAGAUUGAAUCUGUUAUUUAGAGGGUGUUAAGAUCAAACCCCAGAAGUACAAAAAUUAAAAAUAUAUUUGAUUUUUAAUUAUAACAUAGCUAGUAAAUUUGUGUAAUCAAAUUCAAUUGCGCAAGUGUGCUUUAUAUUCCUAUUGUGCAUGCUCAUGAUGUCAGCAAACAAAUCCCUCGAGAAAAAAAAAUUUUCCAUCUGGUUGAAAAUGUUAUAAAACAAUUGGUUCAUACAUCAGCUGUGUGUUCAUCGAGAUAUGAAGCACUUGGGAAGUUUGGAGAGCACUCAAGAAGCUAGAGUUGCUCUCGGUUAUGCCUCAAGCAACUCUUACGCAUCUUUUGUGCUCUCCAAACUUCCCUCGUGCCUCGUAUCUCGAUGAACACACACUGACGUAUGAACCAAUUGUUAAUUAAUGUUUAAGCUAUACAGACAUCAUAAUACAGACAUUGUAAUCCAUACAUUUAUUUUUGUUUUUAAUCCAUGUUUGCCAAAUUUGACACCAUCAAUUUAUACAACUAUACCUCUAUAUGUAGACAUAGUUAGACAUACUUACACAUGCAUCAGUUUCCCCCUUCCUGCCCUAUUAAAAAAAAUUGUAACUUAAUUUAUUUAACAAUCUGAAUUUUGAAAUUUUAUCUUAUGAAGUGAAGCUUUUCUCCUCAGUCACUGUUGAAGCUGCAGAGGCAGUAAGAAAAUACAGUGUAGGAAUAAAGUGUGCUACCAUCACUCCAGAUGAGAAACGAGUGGAAGGUGGGUAGCCUUGAUCAGAGCAUACUACACCCUUAGAGUUAAUAAGUUGGGACAUGUCUUUUUAACGCUUCUUGUGUUCCUAUCUUGCCUCUCUUUCCUGUACCAUGUUGUCAAUUUUCAGUUUGUACAUGGUACUUUAGUGACCAACUUUGAGAGGGGCCAGCAACUUUCCCAAGAAAUGAGUCUGGAAGUAUGCAAUUUUACUUGCAAUUUUUCGCUCAGUUCAGUUAAGAUGGAUUAAAAAGAUGCUAUAGCUGUUUAAUUUUGAGUUCUUAUUUUGUACUAUCAUGCCAGUUGUUUGAAACAUAUAAGUACUUAAUAGUUAUUUUUUAUUUAAUAUCUUCUGUAACCCUUUUGCCCCCAAGAAUAUUUAGUACUGUUAUUCUCCUUGCAGGCUGCAACACAAUUUUUAAGAGUUUAGUUCAGAGAAUUUGAUAUUGGGUCAACAAAAAAUCCCCUAAUUGAUAUUUUCCCUUUUUCUCAUUGCAUGUUUGCUGGAUACUGUAUUGAUAUUGUAACUUGGUCUUGUAACUGUCUUGGUCACUCACAGAAGCGAAGGGGUUAAAAGUACAAGCUGGGAUGAAUGUAGCAUGGUGUUUUGUUCUAAUGGAAGACAUGACAAAAGGAACAAUAUACAUGUAUUAUCUAUUAAAACAAUCUGGAAAUUCAUGGAACUGUACCCCAAUUCUCUAUUAAAAAUAACAGCAGCUGUUAGACCAGAGGGUCAUGAGCCCCAGCUUAUAAAUACCAUUUUCAUCCUUUUUUAUGGUAAUAAUUCUGCUAUCCCUUAUUGUUGUUAUGCUUUAUCACAAACCACACAAGUGAAGAGUAAUUUUCGUACUGGCUGGCUGGCUAGUUCAGGAGUGAUUAGCAAGUUAACAAUUAACCUCUGAGUAGUGGAUAAGACAAGUUUAUGUGUGUUGAUAGUUUAAUUUCCAACAAUUUUUGUGUGGUAUAUACUAAUUAAAAACAGUUUUUCACAUCAGAGUCAGUGAAAGGGAUGGAUAUUUACUUUGCUGCCUGGCAGUUCAGUAAAUACCCAUCACUAUUCACCUCCACUUGGUGAAAACAUUGUUAAUUAUUGUAAUUUAUUAUUAUUAUUAUUAUUAUUAUUAUUAUUAUUAUUAUUAUUAACAGUAAUUAUUUCAUCAAACAAAAUUCAAUCUAAAGUAUGUGGCACUCAUCUUGUUGUUAAUUUGACUUUCAGAGUUUAAUUUGAAGAAAAUGUGGAAAUCUCCCAAUGGGACAAUUCGAAACAUUCUUGGUGGAACUGUCUUCAGAGAAGCAAUAAUUUGCAAAAACAUUCCAAGGUUGGUUCCCGGCUGGAUGAAGUCAAUAAUCAUUGGUCGCCAUGCUCAUGCUGAUCAGGUAUUGAUCAACUAAAAAAAUUAUUAAUCAGUAAAUUCCAUCAAUUCAUGGUGUGUUUAUUGUUUUGUGAUGUUGUAAGUGGCCUUAACCCUUUCACUCCCAAAAUAUCAUGUAAGUAAUUUUUGUUAAUGUUUGCUAUACAAUUCUUGUGGUUUUAAUUCAGAGAACUUGACACUGGAUCAACUAAUAAUUUUCUAACUGAUAUGUUUCUUUAUUUUUGUCACUUGUCUGCUUGAUUUUGUAUUGAUUAAUUGUGAGGACAAAUUCUGCCUUGGUCACACAAAGUAAAAGGCUUUGAAGUGGCAUUGAUUAUCAAAUUACCAGCUAGACCAAGUAUGUUAUUGAUUCCACUGGACUUCAUAUUAACAUAAUUUUAUGGUAAACUGAAAAGAACAUUCAUUCAUGAAAAAAAAAUGUGGUUUUCAGUAGAGAUAACAAAGUGAUUUGAUGAACAAAAGUAACAAACUUAGGGAAUGACUGAGCUUUCAGUAAUAAAGUUGUCAACAGGAUUAACAACUUGGUACUUACUGAUAUAUGUUAUACAUAUGAUUAUACACAUGAUUAUACAUAUGAUUUAAAAUUUUAUUCCAAAUUAAUUAAACGCAUGUUUCUUCCUUCCCAGUACAAAGCAACAGACUUUGUUGUCCCAGGCAAGGGUAAAGUGGAGAUGAUAUACACUCCUGCUGACAGUGGAGAACCAGUGAAAUAUGUUGUACAUGAAUUUUCUGAUGGUGGUGGAGUUGCAAUGGGGAUGUUCAACACUGAUGAGGUAAACAUGUAACAUAGGAUAAAACUGAGUCAAUAAUUGGAAAAGAAUGUUAUUAUAAUUUUCUUAGCAUCGAUUUAUACACAAUUUGUGUGAUACUCCCAGCUUUGAUCUCAGCCUUCCUCAGCAGUGUUAACCCUUUAUGCCCUGACAUCAGUUUGCAGGCUCUCCUUGCUGUUUUCCAUGAGUUUGUGAUCAUUUUGUUUAUUCUCAUGACCUUAGUGUUUGAUUUAAGAGUGAUACUGUUGGGAGAAAUUUGAUGCUUAUCACACUAAGGGGUUAAAAGGUUAACCAAAUUAAAGAUUGUGUGGUCCUGUCAGUAUACAUUUAUUAAAUAGAUAAUAAUAAAUGUAAGAUUUUUAACCAUUAUAGGAGUUGGCAAAUUAUUUACAGUUGGUUAUUUUAUCAACAGUCAUUACUGUCAAACCAGAUUUGCUGUUCUCAUUUGAGGAUUUAUUGAGUUAUUUCUAAUUUGGUGCUAUCAGUAGAAGACAAAAUAUCUAAGUAUUAAUUAUCUGUUUAUCCUCAGUCCAUUAAGAACUUUGCCCACAGUUCUUUUCAGUAUGCACUUGAGAAGGAGUAUCCCUUAUACAUGAGGUAAAAGUAUGAUAAAAGAUUCUAAAUUUCCUGAAGUUGCAAUAGUUUACAUAAUUUUGCUAUAUUAUAAUUCAAUUUUUAACUUAAAGUUCAUGUUUUCAUUUUUUGAAUGAAUGGAAGUUAUCAUUGUUAAUGAUAAUUUUUUUGUAAUAGUGAUCAUUGUAACUAAAAUAGAUGUAAGGAUUAUCUGCAAUAAUUCAAUACUGCCAGUUACUGGUUGGUAUCUACUUGUUACUGCUCAGUGUGUCCACAAAAAGUUCUGGGUUUUUUGUUUGUUUAUUUUGUUUUGUUUUUUGCUCUUAAACUUCACUGAAAGACAUAUUCUUGAUUGUGGUUCUUCUCUUUUUUUAAAGCACAAAAAAUACAAUUCUCAAAAAGUAUGAUGGUAGAUUCAAGGAUAUUUUCCAAGAAAUCUAUGAAAAGUAAGUCAUAUUCAACAUCUUCCCAUGAUUUUAUCAUUAGAUGCGGUCAAACUCCUAUUUGGUAGCCACUUUUGUAAGUCCAAAAGUGCCUUUUGAAAGUCCAAAAGUGCCUUUUGAAAAAAAUCUCCAUUGAGGGACCAGGGUGUCAUUUUCAGUGGCCUAGCAGUUUGUGUCCUAGAUUCUGAAUCAAGAGAUCCAAGCUUGAGCUAAAGAGCCCAUAUUUCUUUUUAACCAUGGCCUGGCUAGCUCAUGUUGUAGAGUGCUGGACUGCCAUGUGGGAGGUCAAGGGUUCGAGCCUUAGACUGUACCAACACUCAUGGUCUUUAAAUAAUUGAGAAGAAUGUGCUGCCUUUGCUAUAUCUGCAGAUGGUUAGACAUUCUAGUCUCGUCAGAUAAGAACAAAGAAUGGUAAGCCCUGUCUCCUGUAUCCUCACUGCACUUGUUAGCUUGGGACAUUAGAGGACCCACAGACUUAACAAAAAGAUUAGGGAAGGUAGCUCCAGGUGUUGUGGUUUGGCCUUGAUUCUGAAAUCAAGAUUACCAAGCCAUACAUCCUUGUACCCCUUUGAUAAGGGAAGCAGCUAACUAAAAGGGUAUGACUUUCAAAUUUGAGUCUAAUCUUAAAACAGUUUCCUCAGAUUUGAUAGGUGCAUUAUAUGUAGGUGCUUUGUUUUUUGCUAAUCAUUCUGUACAGUUGUAAUCAGACAGUGUAAUCAGGAAGUUGGCUGUAAGGUGACACCUGUAAUCCCACAGUUGAAGCGCCCAAUCAUACUCAGUCCUUUCAGCCAUAUCCACCAAUCACAGAAUUGGUCACAAUAACCAUAGCAACAAUCAUAUAUCCUGAAAAAACUGUGGAACUUCCAAAACUGAGGAAGUUUUUACUUAGACAUUGAUUCUACUGCAUAUAUUUGGCCUAAAUGUAUUAUUUGUUGUUUUUGGAAAUUCUAAUGGUUAUGAUUAAUUGGUAUUAGGAUUUUGUGUCAUCCAAUUCUGUCUUUAAUCACACUCAUGAUUGACAACUUGGACACCCACUUUGCAAUCAUCCCAUUUUGUUUAUCACUCUAUGAGUACAUACUGAAUAGGACUCCACUUGGUCUUAUUACCAUUAUAAAUUGUUAUGAUACAUCCAGUUCUUUACUGUACCUGCAUGCGUUUAAUCAUGCUGCCAUGUUCAUAUUUAAUCAGGGACUACAAAAAGAAGUUUGAAGAAAAGAACUUGUGGUAUGAGCACAGGCUGAUUGAUGACAUGGUAGCUUAUGCUCUCAAGUCUGAAGGUGGCUUCAUGUGGGCGUGUAAAAACUAUGAUGGGGAUGUACAGUCAGAUUCUGUUGCUCAAGGUAGGAUGUGUGCCUGAAGAAACGGCUUCAUUUUGUACAAUUUAUUUUUUGUUAAUUCUGUGUUGAUUAAUUCUAAGGCACCCAUGUUGGCCAUUAGUCUGACUAAAGUGCCAUUCAUUGUUGCCUGCAAGCUAGCCAACCAGUCAGUGAUAAGUUUAGGCAAAACUCAUUUUUGCUGACUUGUUUAAUAAAUAUUAUACUCAGUAUGGCAGUGUUUAGACCCUUUCCUGUGAAUUAAUCAGAGUGUAGCUGUUUAACUUUAAGAAUUAAUUGUGCGCAUUGCAGGAUUCGGUUCACUCGGUAUGAUGACCAGUGUUCUGGUGUGUCCUGAUGGAAAAACAGUUGAAGCUGAAGCUGCCCAUGGAACAGUGACGAGACAUUACCGUAUGCAUCAGCAAGGGAAGGAGACUUCUACAAAUCCAGUUGGUAAGAUUGUUUAGCAAUUCUCACCUGGAAGUCAUGAUGUUGGAAUAGUCAGGCAAUUUUACUGGAUUGCAUCUGGUUCAUACUGACUAUACUUUGUAUCGCUCUGUGAUUGGUUAAGAAAACUGUCGUCAUUACCUCGACUCUUAACCAAUCAGAAGCAAAAAUUAAACCAGUCGCAACUAGGUCACCUGUGUUUUCCCGCCUUUGAGGCUGUUUAAGUUGUAUUUGAUAUGAGAUCCCAAUAUUCUUUGAAAUUGUGAGAACCUUUUUUCAGCCUUAAAUACUACCUUCCCUAUUAACUACAGCCACUUCUUACGUGUUUCUGUUACACUUGGUGAUUCAUUAUCUUUUAUCCUUUAGCCUCCAUCUUUGCAUGGACAAGAGGAUUGCUUCAUAGAGCUAAGCUAGAUGGUGAGUGAAUUUUUAUUAAAUAAGCUGAAAACAGGAGCAGACUAGGUGUGAAAACGGCUUGGAAAAUGGCAUGUUUUGGUCUGAAAUAGGGUCCGCUUUAAAAAGACCAGACGGCACAACUCUACUAAGAUUUGCGAGGAGGUCUUGGAGCAGAAGGAAAACGGGGGGUGGGAGGGGGGGGCUGUAACCGGUUGCGGAGUUGUGUACUUUAGCACAGCAGUCAAUCGUCUGCGCGUUUGUUAGAUUUAAUCGAUUUUUAAGUAUCUUAGAGGCGACCCGACAUUGUGCUUUCAGACUGGAAACCCUACGAACUAGAAAGUCAAGUUUUUUUAAAAGCGUAAAACUUUUUUGAGAAAGCUCAAAACAAAAGGGUAAACCAGUAGAACACCUGUUACUUAAUAAAAUUUGUGUGAUAUUGAUAAUGAAUAACGAUGAUAACCAACUUAAUCUAAUGAGGGUAAAAACACGUAAAAACUGAUGAACCAGUCGCCCUCUAAGAGUCUCAAAUGUUUCUUUUCCCUUCUGCACGAGACCGGAUUUUCCAACUGUCUUCCUAUAACCCUUUAACCCUUAAGAGUGACUAGCAUGUAAUUUCUCCCAACGAUAUCACCUUUGAAUCAAACAUUAUGGUAAGGAGAAUAAAGGAAAUCGUCUCUAUCAAAGGGAGCUCUUGAUUUUUAAACAAAUUCUCCUUGUCAGCAGUUUAGGAAAUGUAUAGAGAACAGUUUGGAGAAUGUAUCUAAAGAUGUUAGGGUGUAAAGGGUUACGAAAUUUGCGCGGGAAAAUAGCCCCGACAGCCUUGGGCAGCCCAAAUUUGCCCGUUUACCCGUUCGCGCUGUGUUGUAUGCUAUAUGCGAUUUUACCAGGUAGCUUUUCAUUUACGAAAAAUAUUAUUUUUAAAUUUAUCAGGUAAUGACAAUCUUGCCAACUUCUGCCACACUUUGGAGGAGACCUGCAUCGCAACAAUUGAAGCUGGUGACAUGACCAAGGACCUUGCUGGGUGCAUAAAGGGAUUGCCAAACGUUCAGCGGUCGGACUAUCUAAAUACUUUUGAAUUUCUUGAUAAGAUAGCCGAAAAUCUAGCCGUUAAAUUGAAGCAGUCGCCGAGCCAUUUGUAACUAGUAAAAGCUAUUUCAAAGUAGGCGAAGUUUGGCUUCCUUCAUUCUAGCAAUAUUAUGAUAUGCAAGGAUUUUUUUCAGGCAAAGCCAAGUAAAGUAUGGUAGUGUUGCAGCAGGUGAUCCUUUUACUUACAAAUAUAAGCCCCCUUUAUUUUGGAAUGUUACAAAAUUUUAUUUUAAGCUCAGAUAAUUUUACCUUUAAUUAGAAAUUUCAAAAGGUCACCUCUUUCGUUUUCACAGAGACGGGUUCAUGGACGAUUUCUUUGUCCCAGUCUCUUGCAAAUAAGUAUCGUCUUCCCUUACUUUUCCACAAUUUCUUCAUUACUUUGCCGCCUUUCGGCAAGAUGAUAGUACAAUAUGGCGGCAAAAUUUGAGUAGCUUUUUCAAUGUAAACAUUUAAUUUUGCUAGUGUUAACGUCGUCGACAUGCAGCAGUUUAGGAUAGGCAAUUUUACUUGCCCUCGUUUUUAGUGAAAAAAGGUCAAAGCGACAAUUUAUUUAAAUCAAAUAAUUUUUUAUGUAAUGAAAAAAUACUACAAAAUUACUAGAAAUUUUGAAUGUUCGAAGUGAAGAUGUGUUAAAUGAAUUUUCAUUGAUUUGGGUUAUAUUCGAUUUUAUAUCUGACCACGAAGAUGAAAUGGUGACAAUCAAUUUCUUGAUGGUAAUUUUCAGUUGAUUAGACAGUCAUUUAACACAUACGUGAUGUGAAUCCGUGAAGCUGUGGAUAGGCUCAGAAAAUUGGAAUGUAACCGGGCACGAAAAUCAAUUAGAAUCCGUAAAAUUCUUGUUUUUAAAGCAAAAGGACAUAUUUACUGUUUUGUCUAGUAAGUACUUGCUGUUGCACCAAUAAGGUAGUCACUUUCAUUGUAGCAUAUGUCUACCCAAUUUAUAUGUUUAUCAGCUUUAGCAUUGAAGUAUGGAACGCUGGAGUACUGGAAGAGGGUAGUCGAAAGAAGCAUUCGUA